AUGGUGGGUGGGUGGCGGUGUCAGCAGCCAGAGAGCGAGCCCCCCCAGCCUUCCUCUUCUUCUUCCUGCUCCUCUUCCUCCUCCUCCUCCGCUACCUGCCGGCCACGGGGGCCUCCUCCUCCUCCUCCUCACCCAGCUGUCGGCAUCCGAGAGCAGACCGCAACCCUUCCUUGCCCACCUUGGCGGCGACUGCGCGGAGAGGCGCCCGGCGAUCUGCGGGCCAAGCCUUGGACGCAGCUCGAGGGCGACGCCGGCGAGCGGGGCGGCCACUCGGGGCUUUCCUUUCAGCAGCCUCUCCCGACCACCAGACAAGCGACAGCAACGGCGGCGGCGACGACGGGGCGGCAGGGAGCAGGCAGAGGCCGAGGGGGCGGCGGCGGCGGCGGCCCAACCGGGCGAGCGAGUGGAGCUCCCGUACCGUUUUUUGCUCCUGGUCUGGAGCCCUUCAGCGUUCCUCCGGCCCGGGAGGACUCCCGGCUUCCAGACGCCUCUCGGCUGCUGCUGCUGUGGUGCUGCUGGACGGUGCUUUUCCCCAGCCGAAGCGAUUGGCGACCGGCGAUCCUCUCCCGGCUCAUCGGAAUGGUUCUGCCCAGCCACCACCAAGCUUACUGCUGCAGGAAACCCGGACGGCUACUCCUUCUCAGGCGAAAGGCAUCCCCUAAGAUUCGGCUGGAACGGCGAGUUCGCAGGAGAGAGAAAGAGGAUUCGCCUCCGGAAGCGACUGGGACGGGACCACGCCACGGUUUCGGGAGGUUGGCGGGCCCUCCCGUGGAAGCGUAUUCCGUCCAUCGGUUUCACUGGGCUUUCAGCACAGCUGCUAGUCGGUCGUCUUCUAGCCACGUGAUGUUUGUUUGAAAUGUAGCCAGGUGUACCCAACCUUCUU